AGACAGACAACACGGCUCAUCAACAGGAAACGGACCCCUUCUAUUGACGGAUGUGAGCUUCGCACAUUCCGUGGAAACUUUGGUCAGUGGCGAGCUAUUACAGCUGAGCUCCGACCGAAUUCGUGUCAAGACCAUGUGCUUGCAGUGUUUCAAAAACAAUGGGUGUGUUCAUGGACGGGAAUAUUCCUGCCUCCUCAAGACACUCAGUCAGCCCGAAAGCUACCUCUACCGAGGACGUUAGAAUUCAAUUGCGACUAGGCGUGGCCGGCUUCCCACGGAUCAGAAGCACUGCUACAACGGAGUAUGUUACACAGGUUGGCUACACAAUCAUUCCGCUGGGUUGAGAGCGGCCACAGGACCUACUUAUAUGGGCCGGAGUACCUGUCGAGAGUUUUCCAGCCACCUCGCCAGUCGACCUCGCUGGUUGCAUCGAGGCAUUGCUUGGGUGAUUUGCUUGGAUAGACCGGGGGUCCCACGUUUCCAGACCGCACGAGCGAACAUGAUGGUUUACAAAGUCGAAAGCUUAGUCGAGUUCUCUGAUAUGGGCGGUGAUGAACUGACUGGCGUCUUUGCGGCCAUUUCUCAGCGUCAGCGUCAGGGGUUUACAAGGAGCCAGGGUUGGCCGAGUCAGAGAUUUCACUGCUCAUUGCCUCCCCCCACAGACAAGAUUUCCAUGAAUGUAUGGAGUAGUACUUCAGUUCCCACUGCAACGCCAUGUGAGGAACCAAUUUCCCAGGAGCCUCUGAUUUACCGCCGAGCCGGUUCGAAUCUACCAAGUACCAGGAUCCGCCCUUUUGAGAACCGGAGCCUUGAUCCACCAAUCACGAGAAGAGAAAUGAUCGCACUCAGGUACCCUCUGCACCAGCAUUCCCCGUGCAACGUGAGGUGCAUUUGUUGUGGUGGUACGCUGGCCCCUGCGUUCCAGGGACAUUCCAGAGGGGGUGGGGGGAUGGGAUCGGGGCGGAAAUCAAAUCCGCUUCGGCGUUGCGGGAUCAACCUUCACCUAGCUGAAUUGGGUUGCCAUCUAUUCACAACGGAGACGGUUGCAUCGGUGGCGCCCUGGUCACGAGAUUUUGGCAAUGAUAGACAGAAGAUCGCAUUAAUGCAGAGAUGAUAUCACCUCGACUCUCCUGGUCAUGUGUCUGCCUGUCGAAUGGUGGCUGCAAGCAAUGUUGGUGACCGCAACGGCCGCUUCGGCAUCCUCUUCUUACUCGUACCUCAAUCGCGGAGAUCACUAAUCUCCAAGAGCAACCCGGGGGAGUAGACCUGGUCAACGAGGCCCAUUCCAAGCUCCAUCCCUCUCGGGAGGCGGCGAUCGUCCGUUUGGGGCCGUGCCCAGCAUUCCU